AUGGCUGCGGCUGCGUGCGGCUCUCCCACCGACCAGCCGCCCAAGGAGCCGCCGCCGGCCGCCGCCAGGAAGCGAGGCGGAGACUCGAGACGGAGGCAGGCCGCCCUCUUCUUCCUCAACAACAUCUCCCUGGACGGGCGGCCGCCUUUGCUGGCCUCGGAGAAGCAGCAGCAAUUGCCGCCGCGGCCGCCCUCCUCCGCCUCGGCCCCCGCCGAGCAGCCGCCGCGGCCGCCGGACGAAGAUGCAAUUCCCGCCGCCGAGCCCGGUCCUCGCCUGGGGCUGGCCCCCAACGGACCCCCGGCCCAGGGGCUCCUGCUGCCCUCCGCUGAGCUGGACCCUGCGCGGGGACUGGGCGCCGCCGCCGCCGCUCUCCUGCCCCAGCUGCUGCUCGGCAGCCCCGCCACCCCCGCCGCCGUCUCCCCCGCCGCCCUAGCCGGGGUCCUGGCGGGCACCCCCAAGCCUGGCAUCGCUGCUGCCGCCGCCGCCGCCCAAGGGCUGCUGAGCCCCACCCAGGCCGCCGCCGGAGGAGCCUUCCCUUUGGAAGCCCAGAGGCAAAGAACCAAGCACAUAUCUGGCUCACCAAGACACAAAGGCUUGAAGAAAGUACACUUCAUCAAGAACAUGAGGCAGUACGACACAAAGAACAGCAGGAUAGUAUUGAUUUGUGCCAAGCGAACUCUGUGUGUGGCUUUUUCUAUCCUGCCUUAUGGGGAGAGCUUACGGAUCAGUGAGCUGAAAAUAGAGGGACAAAAGCAGCGGCAUCCUUCCGGCGGAGUUUCCGUGUCUUCAGAGAUGGUGCUGGGAAUGGAAGGAGUUGAGGUGGGAGCAGACGGCAAGGUGGUGUCCUAUGCAAAGUUCUUGUAUCCGACCAACGCUCUCGUCGGCCGUAAAGCCGAUGUCCACGGUGCCAUUCCCUUGUGUCGAGCCAGCAUUCCGCGGAGCGCCGGGGGAUCCAGGCACAAAGCCACAACAGCCAAAGUGAUAUCCUCCGCAACAGAUAUUGGCAGUGAAGUUGGCGAGUUAGCAGAAUACAAUCCCAAUCUCCUUGAUGACCCCCAGUGGCCAUGUGGGAAGCAUAAACGGGUCCUCAUCUUUGCCUCAUACAUGACCACAGUCAUAGAAUAUGUGAAGCCCUCAGACCUUAAAAAGGAUAUGAAUGAAACAUUUAAAGAGAAAUUUCCUCACAUCAAGCUGACACUGAGCAAAAUCAGAAGCUUAAAGCGAGAGAUGCGGAACCUGAGUAUGGAAUGCAACCUGGAGCCGGUAACCGUCUCCAUGGCUUACGUUUACUUCGAAAAGCUUGUUCUCCAGGGCAAGCUCAAUAAACAGAACCGAAAACUGUGCGCCGGUGCUUGCGUGCUCCUCGCAGCCAAGAUUAGCAGCGAUCUCAGGAAACAUGAAGUCAAACACCUUAUCGAUAAGUUAGAAGAGAGGUUUAGAUUCAACAGACGAGAACUCAUCGGAUUUGAAUUCACGGUUCUCGUCGCAUUGGAACUAGCCCUCUAUCUUCCCGAAAACCAAGUGUUACCUCACUUCAGGCGUCUCACGCAGCAAUCCUAGCGAAAGCAAGCCGCUACCGCUUCACCGCUGACUUCUGGUAUCGACCACUGGUCUUUUCGGCACCACAGUAUCAAACUAAAUUGUGGGUAUGACUGGUGUGAAGACUACAGCAAGACUACAUCUGUGGAGCUGCCAUGAAUCCGGUGGACCAUACAGCUUCUUCUGCGUGAGGGAAGUGGCCAAAAAGAGCCUUUGAGCUUUGGACGUUUGAAGCACAAAGUGUUCUCAUCCAGUUGCUGCUAGAGCUGCUGGUCGUACCGUGUAGACGUUUUCAGCUUUCUACUUCGUUCUUCCUUCCCUCCGAGCAUCGAUCGCUGUGUCGCUUUCCUCCCCUUGAAAACUUUGUCGUUCGUUUCUUCGUCAAACCUAAAGGACGAACUAUCAUUUCCAUACCAAAACGCCGUAUCUCUCAAAUAGUAUUACUGAGAACUCUUGUACAUUUUAAAUGAUACUGCUUUGGGGGAGGGGGAGGGAAAGAAAAGACGUGCCUAGGUAUUGGACUGGGCUGGUACCAGUCUUGUGCGUGCAUUUUUUUAAAAAAACAAAUGUUAACGUUGCUUAGUUGAGAAUUGUGAAAUAGAGAUGUGGCCUUGUUUCAACACGCCCCGUGAGGGGGGGAAAAUGAUUCCAGUGUGUCCACAUGAUCAACUUCCAGAAGGGGAUGUAUGUUCUAGAAUAAUGUUUGUUCCACUUAGAUCAUGAAUCAAAGGUUGGGGUUGUUUUGGUUUGUUUGUUUUUUUUUAAUUGAAACCUCUUCCUCAAACGUUGCGCUUGUUGAACAAGGCAGCUACGACAAAGCAAUUCCCCCGUUAAACUUGUCCUUCAGCGACAAGCUGAACGUGGGGCGAUUUAAAGGAGAUAAAUCUCAUUUUUGUAGCGGACAUCUCUCGCUACCGCUUCCUGUAGCCUGAAAUGAAGAACUGUUUUAUUUAUAACAAUGUUAUUUCACGUAUUGUCUUUCCUGAGCGCGCUUGACACCAGUGUUGCAGCUGGUACAGCUGUCGUUAUCUAAAAUUAAGCCAAUGAAACUGAGCAUGUGUGACUUCUUUU